UUCUAGCACCCCGUACUAACGCUAACCGGGCCGCGGCGUGAUGGAGCUGUGCGCUUAGGUUCAUGUGUCCGGCGGGACUGCCCCUGGCUUUUUUUCUGGGGAAGAUCAUAUUGGAUCAUAUUGUUUGCAGGACGUUGUUCCUCCUGCAGCCCCCCCAGUCUAUCCCGACGUAGUUGUGAAUUGAACAUGGCGACUGUACCAGUAUAUUGCAUCUGCAGAUUACCUUACGACGUGACCCAGUUUAUGAUCGAGUGCGAUGCUUGCAAGGACUGGUUCCACGGCAGCUGUGUUGAUGUUGAUGAAGACGAUGCUCCAGACAUUGACAUUUAUCACUGUCCAAACUGCGAGAAGACCCACGGCAAAUCCACAUUGAAAAAGAAAAAGAACUGGAGCAAACAUGACACGGGUCAAAGCACAGACAUCAAAGCCGUUCAGAACGGCAGUCAGGUCUUCAUCAAGGAGCUCCGCAGCAGAACGUUUCCGAGUGCUGAUGACGUAGUGGUGAAGCUCAGCGGCAGUCAGCUGACCAUGGAUUACCUGGAGGAGAACGGCUUCAAUGAACCGAUCCUGGCUCAGAAGAAAGACGGUCUGGGCAUGUCCAUGCCCGCCCCCACCUUCUACAUCAGUGAUGUGGAGAACUAUGUUGGUCCCGAUGUCCCUGUGGACGUAGUCGAUGUCACCAAACAGACAGACAGCAAGAUGAAACUCAAAGAGUUUGUCGACUAUUACUACAGCACAAACAGAAAGAAAGUAUUAAACAUCAUCAACCUGGAGUUCUCUGACACGAGGAUGAACAGCAUAGUGGAGAGUCCACAGAUUGUGCGGCGGUUAUCUUGGGUAGAAAACUACUGGCCUGAUGACGCUCUGCUCGGGAAGCCAAAAGUCACCAAAUACUGUCUAAUCUGUGUUAAAGACAGCUACACAGACUUCCACAUUGAGUGCGGUGGCGCCUCCGUCUGGUACCACGUUUUGAAGGGAGAAAAGAUCUUCUUCCUCAUCAAGCCCACCUCGGCCAACCUGUCUCUGUACGAGCGCUGGAGAUCGUCGUCCAAUCACAGCGAAAUGUUCUUUGCUGACCAGGUGGACAAGUGUUACAAAUGCACGCUGAAGCAAGGCCAGACCCUGUUCAUCCCAUCAGGUUGGAUCAAUGCAAUACUGACGCCGGUCGACUGCCUGGCGUUCUCUGGACACUUUGUCCACAACCUCAGUGUGGAGAUGCAGAUGAGGGCAUAUGAAAUUGAGAAACGGCUAAAGGUCAAAACUCUCACUCCUUUCCCCAACUUUGAGACGGCGUGCUGGUAUGUGGGGCGACACCUCCUCGAGCGAUUCAAAGGUUUACAUAAAGCAAAUAAGCAACCAGCCCCAUACCUGAUACACGGUGCCAAAAUCAUCAAUGGAGCCUUUAGAGCUUGGACUAAAAAGCAGGCUCUCCUGGAACAUGAAGAUGAGCUUCCAGAGAACAUGAAACCAUCACAACUCAUUAAGGAUCUUGCCAAAGAGAUCAGAUUGUCAGAGAAUACAACAAAAGCCAUUAAGAGCGAGGCCAGCAUUAAGGUACCAGCUGAGGAGCCGCCGUCCACCCAUUCCGAGCCUGAAGAACCCAUUUCUCCGGCACGCGUCCCCUCGCCCAGCAGAGAGAAGUCCAGAAAGAAAACCUCAAAACCCCCUAAACCUCCCAAGCCUCCCAAACCCCCAAAAAUGCCCAAGCCUCCGAAGGUGCCAAAGGUCAAGGAAGGAGGAAAGAAGAAAGCAAAGACAGCGAAAGAGUCAUCGCCACCUCCUAAACCCUCCAGUUUUGCUGCACUGGAGUCCCAUGCGAAGGACAUCUUGAGUAAAAUGGACCAGCCAAAAAAGUCGAAGGCUGUUAAGAAUGUCCUGAGCAUGUCUGAGAAGGAAAUUUCAAAGCAGAACAAUGUGGAGAAGUUUGAAAUCAGAGAGCAGAAUAAAAACAAGACUGAAGCAAAAUGGAAGUAUAAGAAUAGUAAACCCGAUUCCCUGCUGAAAAUGGAGGAGGAGUGCAAAUUUGACAGAACACUGCUGUCAAGCAAUAAAGACAGAUUCAGCUUUACUAUGUCCCACAGGAAACUGCUGAGCUCCAAGACCCUGAAACCUCAGACCAACUCAAGUGUUUUUGGAUCAUUACAAAACCUAAAAGAGGACAAAACCAAGCCAGUGAUAGACGAGUAUGAGUACGUCUCAGAUGAAGGGGAGCUGAAGAUUGACGAAUUCCCCAUCAGACGGAAAAAGAACACCGUUAAGAGAGAUCUGUCCUUUUUAUCAGAUAUCAGAGAAUCGAUCCAGCCAGCCAAAAAAACAAAGUUCCAACCCUUGGUGACUAAGCAGAGCAUGGACUCCUCAGAUGAAGAGACUCUGCACAUAGACACAGAGGCCAAGCCUGAGGUCAAAAGUCGCAAUUCUAAAGUGAAGAAAAAAAGCGGCAGCGCCGCGGGGAUCCUGGACCUGCUGCAGGCCAGCAAGCAAGUGGGUGGGAUCGACUACGGCACCAACAGUCAGCCACCUGCAUCUCCCAGCACACAGGAGGCCAUUCAGGGCAUGCUGUCCAUGGCCAACCUGUCGUCUUCAGAGAGCUUGCAGCAGCCGUGGAGCAACAGCCAGGCCAAAAACAACGGCCAGUCAAAGAGCAACUCGCACAGCUCGCAGGCCGGCAAGAAGGCCAGCGGAGGAGGAGGAAACAGCAAGCGGUCAACUAAACGUCUCCCGAAGAAACCCAGGAAGAGCAGCAGUAUUGAGAGUCUGGAUUACGACGAUGACCAAGAUCACAUGGACGCUUGUUUCAAGGACUCAGAUUAUGUUUACCCCUCGCUGGAGUCCGAAGAGGAUAAUCCUGUUUUCAAAUCCAGAUCAAAGAAACGGAAAAGCAGCGAUGACACUCCAUACAGCCCCACAGCUCGCGUAGGACCAUCAGUUCCCCGACAGGAGCGGCCAGCCAGAGAUGGAGCUCGAGUGGCGUCCAUAGAAACAGGCCUGGCUGCAGCUGCAGCAAAGCUGUCCCAUCAGGAGGAACAACAGAAAACCAAGAAGAAGAAGAAAAGCACCAAAAAGAAGGCACUAGUAAUAGAGGAGCCCCCGAAAAUCUCUCAGGACAGUAGCUCGCCAGAGCACAAUCUGGACUCCCAGGACGGCAGCCUGACAGACCAUGAGUUCAAUACUGGAACAGUCAAGUCACCAGGAGGGCCGCAGCCCAUGGCACCGGGGGUGUUCCUCAGCCAGAGACGGCCAUCCAUGUCCUCUCCCAACAGCACCAAUUCCACAAGCACCAACAGCAGCGGCAUGACGAAGGGUGACCGCGUGGGCUCAGCAGACGCCAAAGCUAAGCGGCUAAAGAAAGGCAUGGCCACAGCCAAACAGAGACUUGGAAAGAUUUUAAAGAUCCAUCGAAAUGGAAAGCUCCUUCUGUAGCAUGCAGUGGACUGUCAUAGGACUGGGAAUUCAUGAGCUGGGUCCCAUCCCAAUCUCACCCCCCUGUUCACUGAUUAAAGCCAACGACGUGGAAAAUAGAAUAAAGACUGAAACAAGAUGGGAGAAGAGGAAAAUCAUGCAUUUUUCAAUUUCUAAGAAGAACAUCACUCAAAUAGGUUUUUGCCUCUACUUAUACUUUAUAACUUUCAGAUAUUAAAGUGUACAGAACCUACUAUAAAUAUUUUUUAAGAGAACAUGUCUCAUUUUACUACAGCUGUGAGUUUAUCAGGGGUUGCUAAAACAUGAAGUAGAAUUACAUUGCAGUCAUUCCAAGAUUUGUGAAAGUAUCCCUUGCAUGUAUUCAGUUGCAUGUGCGCUUGGGUCAGGUAUUUUUUUUUUUUAAUUCUUUUUGAGGGUGGGGGUUAAUUCCUACUAAAUGGAUGCAGCUUAUCAUUAAAGCACUUAAAUGGAAAAAAAAAAUCACCUCCUCCCUUCCCGAAAAUUCCUGCGAUCAAAAUCAAUUUGAGUGUUUAUGUCUUCACUUUAGCACUCGCAGAGCACUAUCAGCGGGGACCUUCAUUCAUUC